AUGUUCCUUAAGUUCUGCCUGUGGAAGAUGUUCUUCCUCUCUGCAUGGUCACCAACUGGACAUGCUAAGUACAGUAGUAGCCUUCCAGAAGUAGUGAUACCCUUGAGGGUGAAGGUCACUGGCAGAAAUAAUAUUUCCCCAGGUUGGCUGUCCUAUAGCCUGCACAUUGAGGGACAGAGACACAUAAUCACUAUGAAACCCAAGAAAUACUUGAUAUCCAGAAACUUCUUAUUACUCACUUAUAGUGACCAAGGUGAUCUCCUUGAAGAACAGCCUUUUGUGCAGAAUGACUGCUACUACCAUGGCUAUGUGGAUGAAGACCCAGAAUCCCUGGUCAUCGUUAACACCUGUUUUGGGAGUUUGCAAGGCAUACUAGAGAUAAAUGGCACAACUUAUGAGAUCAUGCCCAAGAGCUCAACUUCAACAUUUGAACAUCUGGCUUACAAAAUGGACAGUGAGGAGCCAGAAUCAAUUCGCAUGAGAUGCGGGUUAACCGAAGAGGAAAUAGCACGACAAAUGAAGCUUCAAGAAAGAGAUGCCUCAACACUUUUGCAAAUAGUCCCAUAUGAUUAUUCGUGGACUCAUCACAGGUUUAUUGACUAUUUUGUAGUUAUUGACCAUAAACACUAUAUUCAUAGAAAUAACAAUAUCACAACUUGUAUUCAAGAAACUUUGCAAAUAGUCAAUGGAUUAAAUGGUUUAUAUCUUCAAAUAGGCAUAGACGUGGUUUUAACCAAACUUGAAGUGUGGAGCCAAAGAAAUCUUAUCAAUGUAGAACAACGGAUUCAUAAGGUCCUAAGUGAUUUCUGCAUUUGGAAAAUAGCCUCGAUUAGCAAUCAAAUUAGAUAUGAUGUCAUACACCUUGUGGUCAGACAUGAUUAUGUUACAACUUUAGGGAUAGCUUAUUUACUUACCAUUUGUUUUACUAAUAAUUGUGGAGUUAACAGUUAUGUGUCUGAUAAAACUUUUGACAUUUCAUACAUUAUAGCACAUGAGAUGGGUCAUAGCUUGGGUUUGGAGCAUGAUAAAAAGGAAUGUUAUUGUGGGAGAGGAAAACAAUGCAUAAUGAAUGAAUAUAAAUCAGAUUACCCCAAAUUCAGCAAUUGUAGUUUUGAAUAUCUUUAUUCAUUUCUUUAUCUAAGACCAUGCUUAUACGAUACACCAGAAACACUAGAAAAACUAGUAACAACAAACCUGACCAAGUGUGGAAAUAACUUGGUUGAGGAAGGAGAGCAGUGUGAUUGUGGGAGCUCUGAAUCCUGUUCAACAGAUCCAUGCUGUAGUGAGGGCUGUUUUCUCAAACCUGGUGCUCAAUGUGCUUCUGGGCUUUGUUGUCAAGAUUGCCAGUUUCUUCAAACAGGCACCAUGUGCAGAAAAGAGAAAAAUGAGUGUGACCUUCCAGAGUGGUGCAAUGGAACUUCAGCUGAGUGUCCAGCAGAUGUGUAUAAAGAAGACGGAAGCCCUUGCUCGUGUGGUUAUUGCUAUAAGAUGGAGUGUCAUCAACAUGAUGAACAGUGUCGGAAGAUUUUUGGCAAAGGAAGUCAAAGUGCAAGUGGAAUUUGCUACAUGGAAAUAAACACACUGGGUGACCGUUUUGGUAACUGUGGUAUUGAUACCUAUAAAUACAGAGUAUGUGAACUCGCUGAUGUACUCUGUGGGCGAAUUCAGUGUGAGAAUGUGACAGAACUUCCCCAAAGGAGAAACCAUGAAACGUUGCAUUCCACUCACUUCAGUAAUAUCACCUGCUGGACUAUAGACUAUCAUUUUGGGAUAACCAUAGAUGACACUGGAGCAGUGAACGAUGGCACAGCUUGUGCUCCACAGCAUUUAUGUAUUGACAGAAAGUGUGUCCACCAGUCGAUUCUGUCAAGUAACUGUUCAAAAACUUUUUGCCAUAUGCAUGGACUCUGCAACAAUAAACAGCACUGCCAUUGUGAUGUCACAUGGGAACCCCCAGACUGUCGACAACGUGGCAAUGGAGGUAGUAUAGACAGUGGACCAGCUCCUGUGCAUCGUGGACCAGCUCCUCUGCCUAGUGGACCAGCUCCUGUGCCUUGUAGACCACUUCCUGUGAUUAGUAGACCAGCUCCUGUGCCAAGUUCACCAGCUCCUGUGCCUAGUAAACCAGCCCCUGUGCCAAGUAGACCAGAUCCUGUGCCAAGUAGACCAGCUCCUGUGCCUAGUAGACCAGAUCCUGUGCCAAGUAGACCACCUCCUGUGCCUAGUAGACCAGCUCCUGUGCCAAGUAGACAAGCUCCUAUGCAUAUCCUGCUGCUCUUAUGACUCAACUCUGUCAGAAGACGCUGUCAGAAGACAUGCCAUUAAAGACCAGUGCUGCCUGCAACAGACACAGUGAGGACUGGGAAAGCAAGGAUUUGUCAAGCUCCUCCUUUGUCUCUAAUAGUAUAUAAUGGCUGUGGAUAAGGCCUUGAUCCAUAAAAGAAAUAUGUUUCUUAAGUUCUGCCUGUGGAAGAUGUUCUUCCUCUCUUCAUGGUCACCAACUGGACAUGCUAAGUACAGUAGCCGUCCAGAAGUAGUGAUACCCUUGAAGGUGAAGGUCACUGGCAGAAAUAAUAUUUCCCCAGGUUGGCUGUCCUAUAGCCUGCACAUUAGGGGACAGAGACACAUAAUCACUAUGAAACCCAAGAAUUACUUGAUAUCCAGAAACUUCUUAUUACUCACUUAUAGUGACCAAGGUGAUCUCCUUGAAGAACAGCCUUUUGUGCAGAAUGACUGCUACUACCAUGGCUAUGUGGAUGAAGACCCAGAAUCCCUGGUCAUCGUUAACACCUGUUUUGGGCGUUUGCAAGGCAUACUAGAGCUAAAUGGCACAACUUAUGAGAUCAUGCCCAAGAGCUCAACUUCAACAUUUGAACAUCUGGCUUACAAAAUGGACAGUGAGGAGUCAGAAUCAAUUCCCAUGAGAUGCGGGUUAACCGAAGAGGAAAUAGCACGGCAAAUGAAGCUACAAGAAAGUAAUGACUCCAAACUUUUGCAACUCCCAUAUGAGAAUUGGUGGACCCACCACAGGUUUAUUGACUAUUUUGUAGUAAUAGACCAUAAACGAUAUGUUUAUAGAAAUAACAAUACCACAAAAUGUAUUCAAGAUAUGUUGCAAAUGGUCAAUGGAGUAAAUGGUUAUUAUCUUCAAAUAGAGACUGAUGUGGUUUUAACCACUCUGGAAGUGUGGAGUAGAAAAAACCUUAUCAAUGUAGAACGAGAUAUAACUAAUGUCCUAGAUAAUUUCUGCAAUUGGAAGAUAAACACAAUUGACAAUCAAAUUAGACAUGAUAUCAUACACCUUUUUGUCAGACAUGGAUAUGGUGUAUAUUUAGGGUUAGCUUAUGUAGCCGCAGUUUGUACAUCUUAUAAUUGUGCAGUUAACAGUUUCAUGUCUGAUUCAAUGUCAGACAUAGCAUUUAUUGUAGCACAUGAGAUGGGUCAUAACUUGGGUAUGCUGCAUGAUGUAAGUGGAUGUACUUGUAAUUUAGAGAACUGUAUAAUGGCCCCCUAUAAAUCAAAUUCCCCCAAAUUCAGCAACUGUAGUUAUGAGCAAAUGUAUUCCGUUGUUAACAAAAGAAGUUGUUUAUACAAUAUUCCAGAAGCAAUAGUAACAAACGUGACCAAGUGUGGAAAUAACUUGGUUGAGGAAGGAGAGCAGUGUGAUUGUGGGAGCUCUGAAUCCUGUUCAACAGAUCCAUGCUGUAGCGAGGACUGUGUUCUCAAACCUGGUGCUCAAUGUGCUUCUGGGCUUUGUUGCCAACAUUGCCAGUUCCUUCAAACAGGCUCUGUGUGUAGAAAAGAGAAAAAUGAGUGUGACCUUCCAGAGUGGUGCAAUGGAACUUCAGCUGAGUGUCCAGCAGAUGUGUAUAAAGAAGAUGGAAGCCCUUGCAGUGGUGAUGGUUAUUGCUAUAAGAUGGCGUGUCAUCAACAUGAUGAACAGUGUCGGAAGAUUUUUGGCAAUGGAAGUCGAAGUGCAAAUGAAAUUUGCUACAUGGAAAUGAACAAACGGGGUGACCGUUUUGGUAACUGUGGUAAUGAUAGCUCUAAAUACAGGAGGUGCAAACCCGCUGAUAUACUCUGUGGGCGAAUUCAGUGUGAGAAUGUGACAGAACUUCCCCAAAGGAGAAACCAUGAAACAGUGCAUUCCACUCACUUCAGUAAUAUCACCUGCUGGACUAUAGAUUAUCAUUUUGGAAUAGCCAUAGAUGACAUUGGAGCAGUGAGUGAUGGCACAACUUGUGGACCAUAUCAUUUAUGUGUUGACAGAAAGUGUGUCCACCAUUCGAUUCUGUCAAGUAACUGUUCAACAAUCUUUUGCCAUAUGCACGGCGUCUGCAAUAAUAAACACCACUGUCAUUGUGAUGUCACAUGGGAACCCCCAGACUGUCGACUACGUGGCCAUGGAGGUAGUAUAGACAGUGGACCAGCCCCAGUGACUUUCUCACAUUCUUUUUGGGCUUUAUACUUCAUUACUUUUUUAAUUAUUUUAUCAGUGGUUAUCAUUUCUUUAAUUGGUGUAAUUAAGAGGAAAUGAUGAAUUAAUCCCUAACAUAAGUUGUGCAGGACUCAUCAUCUAGUGAUAAAAAUACAUCUGAAAAACCAAGCCUCAGGUCUGCCGACUUACAUAGCCAACAGAAGAUGCCACAGUUAAACACACACACACACACACACACACACACACACACACACACACACAAGAAAUAGAAAUAAAAUAAUUAUCCUAC